CUUCAUCGUCUGCGAGCUCGAGGGAGAGUGACGUCAGACUCGAAGCGCUGGUCAAUGAUGGCGGCCGUGGUGAGACUUGUCAACAGAAGUGCUUUGGGUUCCGCAAUGGGUCAGCGGUAUGUGGCGUUCAGCUCGGCGGCGAAGGUCAACUCGGCCGGCGUGAGAGCAGGUCGAGCUCUUCCGGAGAAGGUGAAAAUAGUGGAGGUGGGACCCAGAGAUGGUCUUCAGAAUGAAAAGACUAUCGUGCCGACAGAAUCUAAAAUUCAUUUGAUUAACAUGCUGUCAGCGUCGGGGCUAUCGGUCAUUGAGGCCACCAGCUUUGUGUCACCAAAGUGGGUUCCACAGAUGGCAGACCAGGUGGAGGUGAUGAAGGGGAUCGUGAGGAAACCUGGGGUGUCUUACCCGGUCCUCACACCCAACCUCAAGGGUUUUCAGGCCGCUGUGAAGGCAGGAGCUUCAGAGGUCGCCAUAUUUGGUGCUGCAUCGGAGCUGUUCAGUAAGAAGAACAUAAACUGCUCAGUGGAGGAGAGUUUACAGCGCUUUGACGAGGUUGUGAGAAUGGCUAAAGAGGCUGGUGUGCCAGUUAGAGGUUAUGUGUCGUGUGUCCUCGGAUGUCCGUAUGAAGGCAAGGUGGCACCCGAAAAAGUUGCACACGUAGCCAAGCGUCUGUACUCCAUGGGCUGCUAUGAGAUCUCUCUGGGGGACACUACCGGAGUGGGGACUCCAGGAAGCAUGAGUGACAUGCUGGAGGCGGUGAGCAGAGAGGUGCCAGUUAACGCCUUGGCGGUGCACUGCCACGAUACCUACGGCCAGGCCCUGGCUAACAUCCUCGUAGCCUUACAGAUGGGAAUCAGUGUGAUCGACUCUUCAGUAGCCGGGCUCGGAGGCUGCCCCUAUGCCAGUGGGGCAUCUGGAAAUGUUGCUACUGAAGAUGUAGUCUACAUGCUGCAUGGGCUUGGGAUUCAAACGGGAGUGGACCUCUCAAAGCUGAUGGACGCUGGAGCUUUCAUCUGUCGAACUCUUAACAGAAAGACCAACUCUAAAGUGGCCCAGGCUACAUGCAAGCUGUAGACACGGACUCUUUUGCACAGACAGCACGCUCCAAUACAACCAUGUAACCUGGAGCCUUCAUCCUCUGUAUGUUCAGUUCAACCGUAUUCUGAUUUCAGUUUGAUUCACUGUCUCCCACUAAGGGUGAUACGACUUAGCUGGUACUGAACCCUCUUUUUAUUUAAUUAUUUUUUUAAAUAAAACAUCUGAUUAAAUAUUCAGAUGAUGGCAUAGCUGGAAGAGUGCCUUAUCUAAAGUCUGUCUAAUCUCACAGAUGAGAUUUAUUGAAACAUUCACCUGUUUCUUCAAUAGUGUGCUUACAUUUCUUUCUGGGCAGUUAAGCCAAAGGGAGGCAGACUUUGUAUUAAUUUAUCACCCAGUAAUAAUAUUGUCUUAGCGACGGAUUAACUAGGACUCCACUGUAAAGUGGAAAAAGUGUUGCUUUGACUUCUUCUUUAUGCUGUGGUCAUCGUCUCCAAAUGAAUUAUUUAUUUAGGGAACAACUAUGUGGAGAUGUUAAUUCUGUGCAUUUGGGCAUUGUGCAUUUAUUUUAAAAUGCCUCUUUUCAGUGUCAAUUUUGUACAUAUCAAGCUAGAUUGUGAAUUUAAAAAUAAAUAAUAUUUGAUAUAUCCAAUAUGUCCUUCAGUCAAAGUCAGAAGCAUUGUGUUGAAUGUACAGGGUCUGAAACUUGUUUUAGGUAAUGACUGAACAGCGUUUAAAAGAUAAACAAUAUAAAGGAUACUUCACAUUAUGUACCCUUUUAUGAAUGUUUCAUUAAAAAUGUAUUCAGAGCCAUCUUUGAACAUUUAAGGUGUUAAGUUAGCACUAAUAAUGAAUAAUUACUCUGAAUAAACUUGUUUUUUGCCGCA